AUCUCAUUGUUCAUAAUUUUACAGUUUUCGGGCAUUUUUGCAAUGACACCAUAUUUACAGCAAAUUUUCAAAGCCUAUCAAAGUCCAAUUGCUCCCAAAGUAGCCACAUCAAUUGUUAGUGUUAUGAAUGUCUUUGCGACGAUAACAUUCCUUUGUUUAGUACGAUUCGUUGGGAAACGUCGAAUGUACUUAACCGUUUUGUCAGGAGUUUGCAUUAGCUCAUUCGUUAUCUCAGUUUAUGGCAUCAUUCUUUUGCCAAGUGAUUACAAUUCAUUUAAUAAAGAAAAUAACGUACCGGAGUUGAAUGGAAGUUGGCUCGUUUAUAUUCCAACAUUUUUCUUAAUUAUUUGGAACUAUUGUUCGUACUGUGGAAUUCUGAUGAUGCCCUGGAUGUUCUUGAGUGAAUUGUUUCCAUUCAAAAGCCGAGGAGCAGCAGCCGGUUUGUCAGCAGCGAUAAAUUACAUUAUGGGAUUCGUUACAAUUAAAACAUAUAUUAAUUUAGAAAAAGCAUUGUCAAUGCAAGGUAUUGCAAUGUUUUAUUGCGUGAUCGCAACUCUUGGACUCAUUUUGAUGUACAAUAUUAUGCCGGAGACAGAAAAUCGAUCGCUCGAAGCCAUUGAGUUACACUUUUCGGAUAGCAGCAAGAAAAUUACAGAUUGGUACAUUCCGCAUGAAGAUGAAGUGAGAAAAAGUAACAAAUAAGAAAUGUAUUUCAGAUUGAAAUGUUUUAUGAGACUAAAAGAUUUGUUUAAACCUAUAUUCAUAUAGAAAAGAAAUAAAAAAAAAACAAAGUGUUGAUUGAUUUAGCUUUUGUUGUUACCAAAGGAAAAA